AUCGCCGUUGCCUCUCGCGGCCGCCGAAAGUAUGUCUACUUGGUAACGGUUUCAUACUCGGCAGGAGUGGUGGCAUUGCGUCUUGACGCAACAAGUUUCGGGUUUUGUUUAUAUCAAACUAAAACUGGAUGCGAAUAAGUUUCCAUUUGUAACACUCGGAGAUAAAAUACAUUUUUAGCCUUCAACAGUCGUUGGAAUCGUGCACUAUUACCUGCACGUCUUGUAAGAAUUUAGUUGAAAAUCAAAAUGUAUUCACUAAAAAAAUAUCUGUAAUGACAUGCUGACUAUGUUUGGAUUUAUGGUUUGAGAAGAACGUUUUUUGGUGGACUAUCUUCCGCUGAGGGGAAACAAAAAAGAGGAUCCACGCGCAUUUCUCCUCAUAUAACGCGCACGUUUUUGUAGGAAUACUUUUUAUUUGAUGGAUACCUCCGAGCUCUGUGAAUAGAUAAUGCAGUACACAGGAUGGGUGCGAACAAUGGGAAACAAAGUGGGAGUGAGGGUAAAGGCAGCUCCAGUAUUUCCUCCGACCUGAGUUCAAGUACGGAUCAGACGUCAACCAAAGCUCCCAAGAAUGCAGCUACCAGCGAAGAUUCGGACCUGAGCAUGCGGACAUUGAGCACCCCCAGCCCUGCUCUCAUCCUUCCUCCUCACCUCCACCCUCUCUCUCCUCUCCUCCCCCUGUCGGCCCCCUUCAACAGCUCCUCCUCCACCUCCUCCUCUGAGACGGUUGCCAUGGUGCACGCCACCUCCCCUCCCCCUUUCUUCUCCGCCACCCACUCGCGCCGCCGCGCCACCCGGGACCACCACCAGGGGGCAUCGGUGCCCAUCGACCUCUUGCCGGACCAGAUCUUCCUGGACGUCUUUGCCCGCCUGCCCACCAACCAGCUGUGCCGUUGUGCCCGCGUCUGCCGCCGCUGGUACAACCUGGCGUGGGAUCCCCGGCUGUGGCGGAGCAUCCGGCUGACGGGGGACGUGCUCCACGUCGACCGGGCGUUGCGGGUACUGACGCGGCGCCUCUGCCAGGACACGCCCAACGUGUGCCUGAUGCUGGAGACCCUUGUGGCGAGCGGGUGCCGGAGGUUGACGGACCGCGGUCUGCUCACGGUGGCCCAGUGCUGCCCCGAGCUGCGCCGCCUGGAGGUGGCGGGCUGCUAUAACGUGUCCAAUGACGCCGUGUUCGAGGUGGUGUCGCGCUGCCCCAACCUGGAGCAUCUAGACGUUUCAGGCUGCUCCAAGGUGACCUGCAUCAGUCUGACGCGGGAGGUCUCCCUCAAACUAUCGCCAAUGCAUGGACAGCAGAUCUCCAUCCGCUACCUGGACAUGACUGACUGCUUGGCCCUGGAGGACGAAGGCCUGCACACCAUCGCCGCCCACUGCACCCAGCUUACCCACCUCUACCUGCGGCGCUGCAUGCGCCUCACCGACGAGGGCCUUCGCUACCUGGUCAUCUACUGCCCCGCCGUGCGCGAGCUCAGCGUCAGCGACUGCCGCUAUGUCAGCGACUUCGGCCUGCGCGAGAUCGCCAAGCUCGAAGGCCGGUUGCGCUACUUGAGCGUGGCGCAUUGUGGAAAGAUCACUGACGUCGGGGUUCGGUAUGUCGCUAAGUAUUGCUCACGGCUGCGAUACCUGAACGCGCGGGGCUGCGAGGGCCUCACGGACCACGGCCUGGAGUACCUGGCCAAGAGUUGCCCCAAGCUGAAGUCGCUGGACAUUGGAAAGUGUCCGCUGGUGUCGGAUGCAGGCCUGGAACUGCUGGCGCUCAACUGCUUCAAUCUGAAGCGUCUGAGCCUCAAGUCGUGCGAGAGCAUCACGGGCCGCGGGCUGCAAGUGGUGGCGGCCAACUGCUUCGACCUGCAGCUGCUCAACGUGCAGGACUGCGACGCACCACUGGACGCACUGCGAUUCGUGAAGCGCCACUGCAAGCGCUGCGUCAUCGAGCACACAAACCCGGCCUUUUUCUGA